AUGUCCUCGUCCCCUGCACCUCCUGGUAACUACGAUGUCUUCAUCAGCUUCCGAGGUGAAGACACUCGAAGAACCGUCGCUAGCUAUUUGUACAAACAACUUGUCACCAGAGGGAUUUUCACCUUCAAAGACGAUCCAAGGAUCGAGCUAGGAGACUCCAUCCCCGAAAAACUCGAAGAGGCCAUCAAGAAUUCAAGGUUUGCCGUUGUGGUUAUCUCAAAGAGCUACGCUACUUCAAAGUGGUGUUUGGACGAGCUUCAUCUGAUAAUGAAACUUAGAUUGGAAGAAAAGAUAUGUGUCAUCCCAGUCUUCUACGACGUUAUCCCCUCUGACGUUAAAAAUCUUCGAGGGACUUUUGCUUUAACAUGCCACCGAGGUUGUAAAUUAGCGCAGAAGAUUCCCAAAUGGAGAGUAGCCCUUAAACGUAUCGGAAACCGAAAAGGCGCAGAGUCUAGUAAAUACAAGGACGAUGUCACGAUGGUUGAAGAAAUUGUUAAAGUUAUUUCACGCAAGUUGUUCUCUAUGGUGCCAACGGCUCCUGAGGAUAUCGUUGGAAUGGAAGCUCAUUUGGCACAAAUCAACCCUCUCUUGGCCAUGGACAUCCACAUCAAGAAUGACAAUGACAAUGACACCAACACCAAGGAAGAUAAGCUUCUUUCUAAUAUCCUUGGCGAAGAAGAUCUUAAGUUUCAGACCGUUGAGCAGGGAGCUAGUUAUAUCCAUUCAAGGCUUAAGAACCUAAAAGCUUUAGUUGUCCUUGAUGAGGUGGAUGAUGUGAAACAGGUGAAUGCCUUGGCAAAGGUUGGAUGGUUUGGACCAGGGAGCCGAAUCAUCAUAACCACACGGGACAAUAGCUUGCUUAGCUCCUCUAGAGUGAAAAAUGUGUACAAAGUUAAGUAUUUGGAUGAUGAUAUAGCUCUCCAACUCUUCCAGCGGAUUGCAUUUAAAGGAAGGAAUCCUCCUAGGGACAGAGAGUACCAACAUCUUUCGGAACGUUUCUGUAGGCUUUCUCAAGGUCUUCCUUUGGCCCUUGUGACUUUCGGCUUUCAUCUCCAAGACAAGUCCCUAGGAGGGUGGCAAGAUGAUUUGAAAAUGUUUGAGGAAGCUCCACAUGAAGAAAUCAUGACGGUCUUGAAAACUAGCUAUGAUAAGUUAGACAGAGUUGGUAAGACUGCUUUUCUUCAUGUCUCAUGCCUUUUUAAUGGAGAUCCUGUCGAACGAGUCAUAACACUUCUUGAACGAGGUAGAGCGGGAAUGAAGGUUUUAGUAGACAUGUCUCUCAUCGACAUAUCGGCUGAUGGGCGUAUAGCUAUGCACCCUUUGUUAGAGCAAACUGGGAGACAAAUUGUGCAUCAAGAAUCAGAAAACAGCCCUGCCAAACAACGAAUCUUGUGGCAACAGAAGGACAUCUGUCGAGUACUUGAAGACAACGCAGGUACAAGCAAAACCGAAGCCAUGGCAUUAGAUGUUUCUGAGCCGAUGUCCAGUGAUUUUCAUAUCAAGUGGAACAUGUUCAAGCCGAUGCAUAAUCUCAGUUAUUUGAAGAUCAACAGCAAGCUCAAAAAGCUCUGGAGUGGAACCCCGAGACUUCUGCAUCUGAGGAAACUCGAUUUGACAGGAUCUGAGGACCUGAAAGAACUUCCAGAUCUUCAGGAAGCAGUGUGUCUCGAGGAGUUGAUAUUGGAAGGCUGCACUUCCUUGAAACAGAUUCCAAAGUCCAUUUGCAGCCUAUCAAAACUGCAGAAAAUUGAUGUGUCAAACUGUGAUGGGCUUACGCAUCUAAGGAUCAAAAUAACGGAAUCUACAAGUACUGUCAUCGAAGACACAAGCUUGAGCGUUAGAGCUGUCUACCUGAAAUUUUUUAGCACAGAAACGUUUGUAGCAGAUUCUCAGGGCAUUUCUCUUGAGAAUCCAUCAAUCACAGGCAACUUAAAACUGGAGUUGAAGCUUCUAAAAGGAUAUGCAGAGCAUCUAUGUUUUACUUCCGAGAAACACAUCUCUCGUGAGCUGAUGAAGUUGGAGCUCGAGUCACCUCCCUAUGGUUUUAAUUCACUCGACAUAAUGCGGUUUGACAGCAACACGAAGAGAAGUUUCAAGUGUAUUAGCUUUGCAGGGUUUCCCUGGUUGAUAGAGUUAAAUCUAAUAAACCUAAACAUCCAGGUAAUCCCAGAUGACAUCCACCAUAUGCGAGUCUUAGAGAAGUUGGACCUCAGUGGGAAUAGCUUCAAAGGGUUACCUAGUACAAUGAAGCUUCUUAGCAAUUUGAAACAGUUGACGCUUUGUAACUGCCGCAGUCUGGACGAAUUGCCAGAACUAUCUCAGCUGGAGAUCCUAACACUUUCUGACUGUACAAACCUCCGAACAUUGGUGAAGCUUGAUCAGGAAAUUAGAUACAGUUUGCUCGAGCUUUGGCUUGACAACUGCAAGAACAUUGAGUCACUAUCAGAUGAGCUACGUCAUUUCACAAAGUUGACAUAUUUAGAUCUCAGCAGACAAGAUUUCGAGACGUUACCGACAAGCAUCAUUGGCCACACCUCCUUGGUAACUCUAUGCCUCAAUUACUGCAGCAACCUCGUAUCACUGACAGGGCUUCCACGGAGUCUCAAGUGUAUAAAUGCACAUGGCUGCAAGUCUCUAACAGCUUCCACUCUUCCCAGCAUAAUACAUUCUAUUGAUCUAACUCCUUGCCCCCAUUGGAACCAGAACUCCAGUCAAAUCACUCGGUUCCCAGUUGGAAGACGCAGUAAACAGCUCAUUUCCUCGUUUUGUCCCCUUGUACUAGGAGGAACCAGUAUGUGCUUGCUUCAAGGAGACUACCAAAGGUACAACGAGUUAUCAAGUGGCUAUAUCAAUCCUAUUGCAGCAUUUAAAGCCAUGGUUGUGGGGUUUUUCUUGGUAUGGCUGUUGAGUUCACUGACGUUGGCUCUAGGUCUUGUGGUUAUCAGUGUUCCUGGUGAGUUGGACACGCCACUUCUGUUCCCAACAUCCAGAAACAGAGCCUCAUCUUCCCAUUCAGUUCAGCAGGCGCUUGCAGAACCAUCUUCUGCACCCUGGCUGAGGAGGCCUUCAGGGUGGCUUAUCUUGGAGCUUCUCAUCAUCGUCUUUCUCUCCACAUCCGCCCUCUACUCACUGCAGCUGAAUAUAUAA